UUGUCCAGCAGGUUUCAUAGGGGACUUCUGUGAGAUGGACGUUAAUGAAUGCUGUUCAGAUCCAUGUCUCCACGGGGCUAUCUGCCAAGACCUGCUUAACGGAUACGUCUGCCACUGCAGGGCAGGUUGGACAGGCCUUCACUGUGAGUUGGACAUUAAUGAGUGCCUUCCCCAGCCCUGCAACCAGGGGAUGUGCAUACAGAACCAGCCUGGCUACGGCUACACCUGCUUCUGUCGCCCUGGAUUUGUGGGGAAGAACUGUGAGCACAAUUACGAUGACUGCCUGCUCCAGCCGUGUCCGGGAGGAUACUCCUGUGUUGAUGGUAUCAACAAGGUCAGCUGUCAGCCAGCCGAGGGGGACAUGUCCUCUGUGCCCUGGGAGCCUUCUAUAACACAAACCCCAUGGGGCUCUCUGCUCACCACGUCACCAGUGUCACCGUACAGUGAACAACCAACAGACUCCAGCUACGUCCAGUACUCUGGUAAUUCCUACUUGGAGUUUGAGGGCAUGGACCUUGGUGCCAACAACAACAUCACUGUGAGGUUUCAGACCCGGGAGGCCCAGGGGACCAUCCUGUACGCGGACCAAGGAGGACUGACCAGGGGCUUCUUUUUCAUCAAGCUCUUCAUUCAGGAGGGAAUGCUACAGUAUGUCUUCUCCUGUAACCGAGAGGAAGGGAUCAGAAGGAUCAAUACAUCCAUCCGCGUUAACGACGGCAAUCCAUACAUCGUCUACGUCAGACAACACCUGGCGCCAUGCGAAGCGGAGCUGGUCGUGUCUGGGUAUGAGAGAGUCAGAAGCCAGCCCAGCAACUACUGGUCAGGACUCACCAUACAGAGAACAAGCCAUCUGUUUAUAGGAGGCUUGCCUCGUCGAUACCUGCCAUAUCAGGUCAAGAUUCAGCAGGAGUCAACACAUCUGUAUGGACCCAGCCACCACCAUCCCGACCGCCACUGGCUCCUACCCGCCCCUGGCAACCGGCUCCUACCCGCCCCUGGCAACCGGCUCCUACCCGCCCCUGGCAACCGGCUCCUACCCGCCCCUGGCAACCGGCUCCUACCCGCCCCUGGCAACCGGCUCCUAUACGCCCCUGGCAACCAAGUUCAGUUCCUACCCGUCCCUGGCAACAAAGUCCAGGUCCUACCCGCCCCUGGCAACCAGCCCCUACCCGCCCCUGGCAACCGGCUCCUACCCGUCCCUGGCAACAAAGUCCAGGUCCUACCCGCCCCUGGCAACCGGCUCCUACCCGUCCCUGGCAACAAAGUCCAGGUCCUACCCGUCCCUGGCAACCAGCCCCUACCCGCCCCUGGCAACCGGCUCCUACCCGUCCCUGGCAACAAAGUCCAGGUCCUACCCGUCCCUGGCAACCAGCCCCUACCCGCCCCUGGCAACCAGCCCCUACCCGCCCCUGGCAACCAGCUCCUACCCGUCCCUGGCAACAAAGUCCAGGUCCUACCCGUCCCUGGCAACCAGCCCCUACCCGGCCCUGGCAACCAGGUCCAGUUCCUACCCCUCCCUGGCAACCUGCUCCUACCCGUCCCUGGCAACCAGUUCCUGCCCAGCCCGGGCAACCAGCCCCUACCCAGCCUCGGCCACCACUGCCAGCUCCUACCCAGCCCUGGCAAACAGCCCUUACCUGGCCCUGGCAACCAGUUCCUACCCAUUCCCCACCACCAGCCCCUACCCAGUCACCAACAGCUCCCACCCAGCCACCACCACCACCAGUCUGCCAUGCCGCCCUCUGUCGUAACGGUGGGACCUGCCAUGAGCUGCGGAGGCCCAGUGGAGCUCUGUCCUUCUACUGCGACUGCCCCCUACACUUCACUGGACGCCUCUGUGAGAAAGAUACCACAAUAUUCAUCCCCUCUUUCAACGGCACGUCGUACCUGGAGCUGCCUCCCCUUGCCACUCUGCUGCAGUCUCCUGGUGCCAGCGCUGAUCCCUCUCACACUGCCAACGACACCACUGUUACCCUGUAUCUGACUGUCCAAACCAGAGCUACACAGGGCACCGUCCUCUACACUCGGGAAGAGAAUUUAGGAGAUCGGUUUCUCCACGUGUUCCUCCAGGAUGGGAUCCCUGUGGUAAAACUGGCAUGUAGUGGUGUCCAGUUGUUGAAUGCAGACACAGGCCAAACCAUCAACACUAACAGGCUGA